UUACCUAAUUAAAUAAAAAGUAGAACCCCUAAAGUUGAGGACCUGAGACAAAUGACUUUUUUUAAAAACUAACGAGCCACCCCUUGGGAGAAACUACCACUGAAGAAUGUUAAAAAAGCUAAAAAUUACUUGAUAAACAUAAAAGUGUGCAUAACGACAACAAAGAUAGGAACUGAUCGAGUGCAUGAAAAAUAUGAUCAAUCACACAAUCAACGUCAAUGACUUCUCUAGAAUAUUCACAAGAACACAACUCAAACCUUUUCUUUAAGAAAUUUGAUAUAAAGGUAUAUUUAAAUUGAAGAUAUUGACGGACCGAUUAAUCACUAGAGUAUAUAUCGGGAACUCAAAUAAAAAUAAACCUGACUUAAAUAUUAUGUUAAGAAAUGGUCUUUGAGCGUAAUACAACACAAAAGCUUGUUCAAAUAUACAUAAUCAAACUACUCGUCCCGAAUAAAAUCACACACAAAUUAAGUUGUGACAAUUUAUCCAAAAUUUUAACACAAACGUGAAAUUCCCGCCAAUGAAACAAAUUAAACAUAGAUAUAUGGAAGAGAAAAAACGUGGAGAUGGUGUAACUUUAUUUAAGAAAAAAAGAGAAUAAAGUAAUAACAGACUCCAGAUUACUAUCACACAUUUCUUGCUUAUAUAAAGCCCAUUAUAUCCUCAAAUUCACUUUCAAAAAAAAAAAUUGAUUAUACAAACAACAAUAAUAUAGUUAUGGAGAAAUUCAAAUUUUUAGCAAUGAUUAUAGUCCUGUUGAUGUAUUUUGAAUCAGUAAAAUCAGAAAUUCCUCUCGCACCAGCAUUGUAUGUAUUUGGGGAUUCAAUAUUUGACAGUGGAAAUAAUAAUGUUUUGCCAACUUUAGCUAAGGCUGAUUUUAAACCAUAUGGUUCGAAUUUUGACGGAGGCAGAGCUACUGGAAGAUUUACCAAUGGAAAAACUGUUGCUGAUUUUAUUGCUGAAUUUCUCGGAUUGCCAUUUUCUCCGCCUUAUUUGAGUUUACGAGGAUCGUUAAAACUCACUGGGUUAAAUUAUGCAUCUGGAUCCUGCGGGAUUUUACCUUAUACAGGAAAUUUCAUCGGAAAGUGCCUGCAUUUUUCGGAGCAAGUUGAUUUAUUCCAAAGAACGGUAGAGCGAGAAUUGCCCAGAAAGUUUGAUGAUCCUGAAGAGUUUUCGAGUUAUUUGUCUCGAUCGAUUUUUGUGGUGUCUACAGGCAACAAUGACUAUGUAAAUAACUAUUUACAGCCAAAUAUUUAUGGGACGAGCAAACGCUAUACGCCUGAUUCAUUUGCUAAACUUCUCAUUGAUACACUCUCUCAACAACUUCAGAGAUUAUAUCGACUGGGAGCAAGAAAGAUAAUAAUGUUUGAGAUAGGACCAAUUGGUUGUAUUCCAUCAUUUACAAAGAAGCUUCGACCUAAUGGACGUUGCAACGAAGAUUAUAACGCUCUCGCAGUAAUUUUCAACAAUCAGCUGAGUGACAUGCUAAAAAAUCUCACUUCGACUCUUCAAGGCUCUGCUUUUAUUCUUGGCCAUGGUCACUGGCUCGGCUACGAUGCCAUCAUCAAUCCUUCUGUUUAUGGUUUAAUGGAUCCAACAAGUCCAUGUUGCAUCACUUGGGGAAAUGGGACAUCAGCAUGCAUACCAGAACUUGUGCCGUGUCGAGACGCUGAUAAACACUACUUCUGGGAUGGUUAUCAUCUUACUGAAACAAUAUACAGAGUUAUAGCUACUAAAUGUUUCAAUGAAACAUCUCUUUGUAUUCCCAAAAAUAUUAAGGAACUUGUGGAAAAUUGAUUACACACUUUUUAAUUUAUUUACUUUUAUUGAAGAAAAAAAAAUUCCUAAUAAGAUUUGUAUAUGCUGAGCACUUAAUUAGUUUGGACAAAUUACUACAUAUAUGGUGAUAAU